UUCAUCUUCUUCUUUUACUGCUAUAAUGCCGGUAUCCUCUGCAGAAGACCUAGAAAACGCUAUUGCAGACGUCAAGAAUGGGGUCUGUUUGAAGGCCGCCGCGAAGAAGAACGGAGUACAGUGGGGUUCCAAAAGUCCUGCAACGCCACGCUGUCACGGGCCAGGGACGAGAAAUCGUUCCACAGCUCAGGGGCACUUAGGAACUUCUUUCUUUCUUCUUCAUCUUUGAUGUCACGGGCCAGGGCCCAUAUCCUUGCGGCUGUGCCGCAAGACGUAAGAGGCUCGUGCGCGCCAGGGACGGGAAAUCGUUCCACAGCUCAGGGGCAUUUGGGAACUUCUUUCUUUCUUCUUCAUCUUUGAUGUAAAUAGCAUCCUGGA